GAAAAAGAAGUACGAGAACGAAAGCAAUGUCGUCGGCCGAAGAUGAUGAACUGCGUCGCCGGAAACUUGAAGAAGCCCUCGAAGUCAAAUCUCUCCGUCGUAUAAUCAGCGCUUAUCUCAAAACACAGGUGAUAUUGUCUGUUUUCAUCAUGUUUAACACAGCUAUCCAGAAGCAGCUGAGGAGGAUAUUAGAAGAUAUGAAAGAUGCUUCCAAAGGCUUCCCCUUUCCCACAAGGCACUGCUAGCACAUCUUCCGAUGAAAUUUCAGAGACUUAAAUGGUGUGUUUAAUAAGAAAUCAAAAGUGAAAGACAAAAAUCCUUGAUACACUUAAAAAACUGUGUGUUUCACAAAAUUCCUAUUUCAUAUUUGAAAUGCUUAAGGCCUUUGAACCCCCCCUUGAUAUGAGUGCGGACACUUAUAUUUCUGAAGACCAAUCCAUGGGGAAUCCCUCUGAUAACAACCUUUUGUAUGGUGAAGCAAAACCUCUUUCUUGCCAAUGUGACUCAGAAAGUGGAAAAAGCCAUGUUGUGAAGUUCGAUGAAACUGGUGAAUGUGCUACUGAACCAUAUGGUUCUCUUAAACAAGGAAAUGCUAUCGAGGAUAAGCCAAUUGAGUGUCUGAACAAAAAUGAGGGGGACUGCUCUGUAGGCUCAGAGUGUAAUGGACAGGCAGAAAAGGCCAAUUACCAUGAUUGUCAGAAUGUUGAAAGUUCACUGGCAUCAUCUUCCCAGCUCUGUUGUGAUGGACAUGUAUCCUCAUCAUCACCUGAUUGGCUGAACACAUCAUUGCUGUUUCAUGUACCUUUAGCUGAUGUAGAUAAGGUUCGGUGCAUCAUAAGGAACAUAGUCAGAGAUUGGGCAGCUGAGGGUCAACAAGAACGUGACGAGUGCUAUAAGCCAAUUCUUAAGGAACUUGAACAAUUAUUUCCACAUCGUUCUGAGGACAGACAUCCUCCUGCAUGUUUAGUUCCAGGAGCUGGACUUGGUAGGUUGGCAUUAGAAAUCUCAUCUCUAGGUUUCGUAUGUCAAGGAAAUGAGUUUUCCUACUACAUGAUGAUAUGCUCCAGCUUUAUACUAAAUCACUGCGAAGUUGCUGAGGAAUGGACAAUAUACCCAUGGAUACACAGUAACUGCAAUUCAAUUUCAGAUGACGACCAGCUUCGCCCGGUUUCAAUUCCAGAUAUUCAUCCUGCUAGUGCAGGGAUCACAGAAGGCUUCUCUAUGUGUGGAGGUGAUUUUGUUGAAGUCUAUAGUGAUCAAAGCCAAGUAGGAGUCUGGGAUGCUGUUGUGACUUGUUUCUUUAUUGAUACGGCACACAAUAUUGUUGAAUAUAUUGAAAUUAUCUCGAAGAUUCUCAAAGAUGGUGGUGUCUGGAUAAAUUUGGGGCCACUGCUUUACCAUUUUGCUGAUAUGUAUAACCAUGAAGAUGAGAUGUCUAUUGAGUUGAGCUUGGAACACGUAAAGAGGGUUGCAUAUAAUUAUGGAUUUGCAAUGGAGAAGGAAUCAACAAUAGCUACAACUUACACCACAAAUCCAAGAUCAAUGAUGCAAAACCGAUAUUAUGCUGCAUUUUGGACCAUGCGCAAAAAGCCAUCGGCAACAACAGAAUAAAAUUUAUGCUGCAGUUUGUUUGUUGCCAAAUUUCAUCUCCCUUGAAAAAGGUUAUUCUUAUCAACAUAUUGCAGUUUAGAGAUCCAAAGGCAUAAAGAUCCUUCUGAAGUUUCAGUGCACUGGACUUGUUCAUUAUUGCUUUUGUCACAUUUUAUUUAGAUUUCCUUCCAUUACUUUACACACUUUUCGUCAUCAAAGCAAUCAUGGUUGUUAUUCCUGUCAUGGUUCUAGCUUUCUGUUCAAUACUACUAUCUUUCUUUUAUUGUUUCCAUUGUUUGGCAUUCGUAUGAUACCAAAACCAAUGUUUGUUACAUGAGAUAUUGUUCAUAGCUUUUGAAGAAGAAUCCCACAGAUGAAUAUUUUGUGUUUUA